CGCUAAACAAUUGCCCGCUUAAAUACGGAAGCGGGCUUCUCGCCGCUCGCAUCACCCUCGCUUUCGCUGCUCCGUGCUCCCCCGAAUUUUGUCCUCUCCCCUUCCGAGUUCCGACCUCGUCGCCCCGCGGCUCCAGAGCUCUUCCCAUUCAUUCCCUCGCGCCGAAGCAACCGCCCGAAUCCGCCUUCGCGCCAAAACCCUAGCCCCAGAUCCCGCGCCUCGCCGCCCGGUGCCCAGGCAGCGGCGGCCAUUGCCGCUCGCCGCAUUGGGGGCGCUUACGGCGUCGCCUCCGCUCCCGGGGCAGAGAUCUGCGUCGAGGAGACCUGGUUGCCCCUGGGCAGCGUAGGGGAUGGGGCGGGGGCGGGGGCGGUGGGCCCCGGGGAUCCGCGCGGCGGCGCUGAUCCUGCUCGCGGUCGCGGCUGCUGCCGGAGCCGCCGCGGGGGAUCCCGAUCCGGACGAGCUCGAGCGCGCGUUUCCAAUAGUGGAGCCAGAUCACGGACACACUAAACUUCGUCUCUCAGAACAAGGUCUGGAAGCAAUUCGAAGGAUCGAAACUCCUAUUGCUGUUGUUGGUGUCAUUGGUCCCUAUCGAUCUGGAAAAUCUUUUCUCCUCAACCAGCUUCUCUCCUUAUCUUGUGAUAAAGGUUUUGGAGUUGGUCAUAUGCGAGAUACUAAAACUAAAGGUAUUUGGAUUUGGGGUACUCCUGUUGAGAUGGAUGUUGAUGGUUCCAAAGUUUCUGUCCUUUAUCUAGACACUGAAGGGUUUGAAAGUGUUGGGAAAUCAAAUGUAUAUGAUGAUAGGAUAUUUGCUUUGGCGACUGUCUUAAGUUCAGUCCUUAUCUACAACCUUCCUGAGACGGUACGUGAAGCUGAUAUAUCUAGGCUUUCAUUUGCCGUUGAAAUUGCUGAAGAAUUCUAUGGAAGGUUUGUGAGCAGAGUCAAGGGGCAAGAUGUUGCUUUUGAGCCAGCAAAGCUUCUCUGGCUUAUCCAGAGGGAUUUCCUGCAAGGAAAAUCUGUUCAACAAAUGGUCAAUGAAGCCCUCCAACGGGUGCCUAAUGAUAAUGGUGAUAAAUAUAUUGAUGAGGUCAAUCAAAUACGAGAUUCUUUGGCAGUUAUGGGCAACAACAGUACUGCUUUUAGCUUGCCCCAGCCACAUCUUCAAAGAACAAAAUUAUGUGAUAUGGAGGACAAAGAGCUUGAACCCUUAUAUGUAAAACGGCGGGAGCAAUUAAAGCAGCUUGUUUCGUCCAUUGUAAAACCAAAAAUUGUGCAGGGUAGAACUCUAAAUGGGAAGGACUUUGCUUCUUUCUUGCAGCAGAUUCUUGAGGCUUUGAAUAAAGGCGAAAUUCCAUCAACUGGAUCUUUGGUUGAAAUUUUUAAUAAAGCCAUUCUUGAUCGCUGUCUGAAGGUUUACAGGGAGAAAAUGGAUGGCUUAGGCCUACCAGUACCGGUAGACGAACUGCAGAAACUUCAUGAGAUGGCAAAUGGUGAAGCUAGAAUUCUCUUUGAUAAGCAGCACUUUGGUAAACAUCAUGCUGCUCAGUCGGCCCUCAAGCUUGAAGAUGAGAUUAAAAAGGUGUACAGAAACGUCCUUCUAGCUAAUGAAUAUCAAUCGUCAAAGCUGUGUGAAGCUCGCUUUUCUGAGUGUGAGGAUAAGAUGGAUCACCUUCAAGUCUUGAAACUUCCUUCCAUGGCAAAAUUCAAUGCAGGAUUUACUCACUGCAAUCAAAGUUUUGUAAAGGAUUGCGUGGGACCUGCAAAAGAAAGCUAUGAACGUAGAAUGUCAAAGAUGCUUGCCAAGUCUCGUGCUCUUUUUAUCAAGGAGUACAAUAACAAGCUUUUCAAUUGGUUGGUGACCUUCUCUUUGGUCAUGGUGGUCAUUGGCCGCUUUGUCAUCAAGUUCUUCUUACUUGAAAUUGUCGCCUGGGUGAUGUUCAUCUUCCUAGAGACGUACACGAGAAUGUUCUGGUCAGCGGAAUCACUUUACUAUAAUCCAGCUUGGCACAUCAUUGUUUCUUCCUGGGAAAUCAUUGUGUACAGCCCUAUUCUUGAUCUGGACAGAUGGGCUAUCCCAAUUGUCAUAAUGCUGUCAUUUGGGGUUUUUUACUGGAGAUGCUUCGGUGGAAGAAGGAAGCGGGGAAGGGGUUCGCUCCUCCCAUUGUACAAGAAUUCUUACAAGAACUCGAGUCGCUCGAGAUCAGACUAGUUAUACGUGAUGCGUGAGUUUUUCUUUUAAAGAAUGGUACAAAAUAUCUACUUAUAGAAGAGGCUAAACUGCCCGUUGUGGAUCAUCUCCCUGUGCUUUUGGAUGGGCAUAUUUUGAUGGUGCCCUGCCUAUGUAUCGCCAAUUAUUUUUAGUGGAUGAAGAGAAGCAGUGAAGCUGCUAGCGAUAGGGAACCUGCACGAGCCUCUGUUGUGACCAGAGUUCUUUUGUCUUCUGUAGCUAGGCUAUCCUUACAUGUCACGGUCCCAAUUCAUUGAUUAUUGUUCACAUCCACCGCAAUUUUUGCAAGGAUUUUGUUUGUAACAAAUCAUAUAUACAAGGUAGUUGUUAGAGCCUGUACCGUGACAGUAAUGUUGAAAGUUAUAAUCUGGUGGUGGAAUUUGGAAAAGUGCCUUAUACUGUUAUUAUA